AUGGCAGCAAUGAAGGCGUGGGAUAUAGAUCCGCUGGAGGCUGGCGCGGCCGCGAGCAGUGCUCCAGCACAGUCCGGCGCCAGGGUCUCCGGUAGCAGCACGCCGCGCCGCCCCCACCGCCAGCCCCAGAGCCGUGGACGCCACGGCCCGCCUGCCAUGAGAUGGUCGACGAAAACCAUACCAGUGUGGAACAAUCCUAACAGUUUACAUGUCUCCGUACAGAGGCCCUUCCUCGUUUAUGUGCUGGAUUUGACUGUAAUUUCUUCCAGAGCAAAGCAUGGAUGUGGGCUAUAUGGCAGCUAUGCUUUUGGAUGUCACUCUUGCUUCUGGCUGAAGCAAGAGGCAGUGGCCGUGGUGGCAGGGGUGCCAGUGCUGCAGGGCGCGGCUUCAGUAAGACCGUGUGGCGUGGAGCAGGCCACCAGUAUGGCCACCAUCGCGCCUACUACCGGUCUGAGGCUAUUGGACAACCAAUAUGUAUUACUGUCACCUUCUGUCUGACAUUCAUUUCUGGUUUCACAGUUUAGAAUUUUAUAGCUCCUGUGAAAGAACAUUUGUCAUCUUCAUUCUCAUUAUGAAAAACUAUAUUUAAUUUAAGCAUACAAAAUUAACUUCAUACUAAAACUUCAAAAGAUUUGUGGAAAGCAACCUUUCCAUGUAUUAUGAGAUGUCAAAUGAUGGCAAGAUGAAUUUUAGUAUCAACAAAGGCAUGAAUAUUUUGCAGGUUAUGGCUUCUCUGUACAUUAUACUGACAAUAGACAAUCUUAUUAUUAACUAUAGGUAUAUAAGACAAGACAAUUAACAUAAAGGAAAAACACUUCUUUCACUGAAGAGCUCAAUUUAUAAUAGCUUUAUACUUAAGAUUGACAUUUGUAUAAACAAAACAUCAGAUUGACAUUUGUAUAAAC